AUGAGUUCUCAUCUCGUUGCUGUAGCCGCUGCCAUGGGCUGUAACUUCAUUCCCUUCUCGCCGGAGUUCAUCGCAAUCCUCCCUCGUCUUGGGAUUGCCCUCCUUGUCAGUUUCUGGCUCUGGGGACGCGUCGACCUAUGGUACCAGACGAAGCAUGGCAAGGCCUACAAACCCUACCGGGUUGCUGCGAAUUCUAGAUACGGCGCAAAUGAUGUCAGCAUUGUCGUCUGCACCAUCGGACCGGUCGGCAACUUUGAGAUGUGCAUCCGCUCCUGGCUCUCGAACAAACCUCUGGAACUCAUCUUUGUGACCACUAAGGACAAACUGAACGCCAUCUCUGCCCUGAUCGACGAAGUGAAGUUCCGUCUUCCAGCCGAUCAGGCAAAGAAGAUCAGUCUCCUUGCCGUCAAGCAGGCGAGCAAGCGCGUGCAGUUGGUAGAUGGUAUCAACGCUGCUCGAGGUCUCAUCAUCGCCACCGUCGACGAUCACAUCCUCUGGGGUGAGGCCCUCAUGCCCCACAUGCUUGCCCCCUUCGAGGACAUCGAGGUUGGCGCAGCUGGACCUGGAACCGAUGUCUACACUGACCCUGCCCGUCGCUAUCCUGGUGUCGUCACAGCCUGGGAAACAGCCGCUACUCGGCUCGCCUGGAAGCGAAAGCCUACUUACAAGAACAUGUUCGCGAUCACGGGCUGGUGCUGGAUUCUCGCCGGCACUACCACUUUCUACCGCUCCGCCAUCCUCAAAGACGCCGAAUUCCAGCACGCCCACCUGAACGAUUACUGGUUCGGUCACAAGCUCAACGCCUCGGACGACACCUUCAUCUCUCGCUGGCUCCAGAUCAACAACUGGAAGCUUGCCGUCCAGAUCAUGCCACAGACCGAGAUUCUUCGAACCGUCAAGCGCGACAGCUCAUUCCUGACCCAGCUCGCACGAUGGGAGCGAAGCACGAUCCAGUCGUUCCUCCGAUCGCUGUGGGAAGUGCCUCAAAUCUACCGACAAUGGUAUGUCCUGUACAAGACGCUCGAGAGACUCACCCGACCCGUCUUCACUGCCAUCCAUGUCGCCGCCUGGUUCCUGUCGUUUUACUACACUCCGCGCCUCACUACCAUGCUCCUACUAUGGUACAUCUGCUCGGUCGCACCGUCUUACGCCGAAUUCCUGGGCGAAUACCCCUGGAUGUGUCGACACCUCUGGGCUCUCGUUCUGACCGACUACUACUACGCUGUCUAUGACUGGUAUACUUGGGGAACUCUCAACAACACCCAGUGGGGCACCCGCGACAUUCCUGGCGAGGAGUAA